CUGUGACGUCGAUGCAUGAAAGAGGAUAAAAGGAGCAGAGCUGAUUCAGUCGGGUAGCUGUUAGGACUCGCUGUGCUGUUCGCUCAGUGUUGUACAGCUGCAGAGGGGUAAGUUCGGUGUGCUUACCUGCUGUGGUCUGUGUAAUGAAUGCUGCCUGACUUUUAAUGCUUGAGCUGCCCACAAAUAGCUGUACUGUUGCAGAUCUAUAACAAAAUGUGACGCUGUUCAUCCUGUGAAGUCUUUUCUGAGCCUGAAUGAUGAUCAACUCCACACAGGUUUCACACUUUGUACUCGGGGCCUAUUUUGACACGGGCAUGUUGAAAUAUUUAUGUUUUAUGAUUGUUUUGUUCCUGUAUGUUUUAAUCAUCAGUGCUAACGUGUUUCUCAUCGUGAUCAUCUGCAUGAACAGAAGCCUCCAUGAGCCCAUGUACCUGUUCCUGCUCAGCCUGUUUGCUAAUGAACUGUUUGGGAGUACAGGCUUGUUUCCAUUCCUGCUGGUUCAGAUCCUCUCUGACGUUCACACCGUUUCUUAUUCGCUUUGUUUCCUGCAGAUUUUUUGUCUGUAUUCUUACGCUUGUGUGGAGAUCUUAAACCUGGCUGUCAUGUCUUAUGACAGAUAUCUCGCCAUCUGUCAUCCUCUGCAGUAUAAAACGAGCAUGACGUCUAAGAAGGUGGCUGCGCUCAUAGCUCUAGCGUGGUUGUUCCCUUCUCUUGCGAUUGUGGUUUUGAUUUCACUGAGUGCCCCUCUGCAGCUGUGUGGGAACGUAAUUAACAAAGUAACCUGUGGAAACUACGCUAUAGUCAAACUGGCCUGUACCGACACCGGAAUCAACAACGUCUAUGGACUGGUUUACACCGUCGUCUCCAUCAUCACUCCUCUCGUUUUGAUCCUCUACACCUACACGAGGAUCCUUCAGGUGUGUUUUUCCGGCUGCAAGCAGAGCAGACAGAAAGCCGUCAGCACCUGCACGCCUCACCUGGCUUCCAUCCUGAACUUUUCCUUUGGUUGCUGUUUUCAAAUAGUCCAGAGCAGGUUUUAUAUGAGCAGCGUGCCCGGCAUGCUGGACAUCAUCUUAUCACUGUACUUCCUCACGUGCCAGCCGCUCUUCACCCCGCUGCUGUAUGGGCUGAAAAUGAGCAGCAUCCGCGUUUUGUGCAAACGGCUGCUGUUUGGUGAAGUGUAGGUCGGUUCAGAUGCAUGAAAAAGUAAAAUUUGUGCUUUUCAUGAGCUCAGAGAAACGGCGUGAUGUUUUUUAGCUUCCAGGGGGACACGACCAGAAACGCAGUGCUGCUUUGUAAACGCAUGUGACUGUACAGACAGUUUAAAUGAA